UCUGACACGGCUUGUCUCCUUUCGGAGGAGGAGAGCUCAGCCAGGUCCCCUUUGCCUCACCUGGGUGACAGCAGCAUCCUUAUCGCAGGCCCACCUGGGUACCAAAGUGCAGGUGGCAGAGAGAGAGACUUGUGCAUUGCAGCCGCGGGCAAGACAACAUCUUCUCCUGGACAAGAUCUCUUCCUGCCACCCAGGGUCAGAAGAUGCCUCUGAAGAAACACCUGGAGGCUCUUAGCGUCUUCCAGUGGGUCCUCACCUUCCUCUUCUUUGGUGCCUUCUUCUCCGUUCUCCUGGUCUACCUGCUCUUCACCUCCUACUGGCCUAUCAGCGUCCUGUAUUUCGCCUGGUGGAUCUUUGACUGGCAUACACCACAGAGAGGUGGGCGCCGCAGCGACUGGGUAAGGCACUCCAGAGUCUGUGAGUUCCACCGGGAUUAUUUCCCCAUCAAGCUGGUGAAGACGGCCGAGCUGCCCCCGACGCGGAACUACGUCCUGGGCUCUCACCCCCAUGGGAUCAUCUGCGCGGGGGCCUAUUCCGCCUUCUGCACCGAGGCCACGGGCUUUUCCCGCACCUUCCCUGGCCUCCGCCCCAGCCUGUCCGCCCUCGCAGGGCUCUUCCGCAUACCCGUCUACCGGGAGUACAUGAUGAGCUCAGGGAUGGUCCCGGUCAACAAAAGGUCCCUGGACUUCCUCCUGAGUGGCCCCCCCGGGCACGCGGUGGUCAUUGUGGUGGGGGGUGCGUCCGAGUCGCUGGACAGCGCCCCCGGAGAGCAUCGUGUCUGCCUUCAAGGGAAGAAGGGCUUCGUGCGCCUAGCGCUGCAACACGGGGCUGACCUGGUGCCCGUUUACACCUUUGGGGAGAAUGACAUUUACCGACUGAUCCGGUUCCCCGAGGGCAGCUUCGUUCGCCGCCUCCAGCUCGGUUUCAAGCAGCUGACCGGCUUCGCCCCUUGUCUCUUCAGCGGGAGGGGCCUCUUCUCCAGCACCUCUUGGGGGCUCCUGCCCAUGGCUGCCCCCCUCACGGUGGUGGUGGGGAAGCCUAUCCCAGUCCCGCUCCGCCCGUGCCCCACCGAGGACGAGGUGAACAGCUUCCACGCUCUCUACGUCAAGGCCCUGAAGGAGCUCUUUGAUGCCCAUAAAGAAUCCUGCGGCCUCCCGGCCUCCCAGCAGCUCCUCGUCACCUAGAGGGACCCGGACUUGACCCGAAGCAGCAUCAGGGGACGCAAGGUUGUGAUGGGGGGAGACACGCGGGAGACUUUGUUCCCCCCACCCCCGUCUGUACACAUCAUUUCCAAUAAAAGGCGUCGUGCCUGAUGUCUGAUCUUGGGUCCUUGGUGCACGAACUCCCUUUUUGUGCCCGCCUGCGGAGCCCAAGGCUGGUUGUCUCAUUCACAUGUGCAUUAUUAACCCGAGGUUUGCAGAGCCCGGCAGCGAAAAAAGCAGGCCAUGGCCCUGGAUCUGUGGUGCAGGUUUGAGGGGGCUGCCCACAUGCCCCUCAGGUGAGUGGUCAGGAACUUGUUUGCCUGCAAGAGAAAAGAUCAUUCAGACAUGCAGGCCCAGCUCUUACUCGGAAAAUGGGGGCCCUGCUCUUAUGGUCCAGGAAAAAGAGGGAGGGGAAGCAGGGCUUGGGGAUUUGUUUGCCCGAGUGGCUAGAGGACCCUUCUCUGACUGCAGGAGCAACGCAGGACAUGCCUGGGUCGGGU